AUUUUAAAGGAUUACAGUUUGUGGUUAUCGAAUAUAACUUAGUUAAAUAUUGCGAUUUAUGUUUUGCGAGGCCUGAAAAUCUCGCUAAAAUCCACAGACUAGUUGGCACCAGGCUUGUUACUACAAGGAAGCUAACAGACUUUCCUAAUACAAGCACCAGGAACCUCAUAUACAAAGACUCAGCCCCUACAUGUACAAGUCACACAGCAUCCAGAAACAUCGGCCCUCGCAGCAAAGUCAUCGGACAAUUAUAUCUGCAAAGUUCAAGGACAUAGCUACUUCACAAUGGCUUACUUGCCUUGCCUAUGACUUGAAGAAGGCAGGCCAGAAUCCGCCUUCACCAGAGCUCUUCCUUGAGGCAAUCGAGAUGCUCUUGGAAGGUGGACCUGCGAAGCGCCUUGACUCAACUCCCGGGGUCCGGAAGAUCGUUGAGAAUUCAUCUUCCGGGAGCGACUCAUCUGCUGAAUCUUGGUUAGAUAUCGCUCAGAUAGUGGACGUUUGUCUUCGGGGGCUGGCCCAUUGGAAUUCUUCGUACUCUCCAAGAUGUGUUUCUGCGUGGCGAGUGGGGCUUGUCCAAUGCUUACUUUUAUGUUUUGCGGUGGCUCCCAUGCGGACUUGUCUUCACUGCAACCGUCCCAUGGAUGGCAUAGCUCGUUGUACUGUACCAAUGAAGUUGUGGCUCUUAAUUUAUCACGGACAGUAAGAGGGGUGCAAUCGUUGGGUGGAUUACUAUUCAGGAACCGAGUCGCCGCAGUAUCUUCAUUGCUACUUUUCACCGCCGCGAUCCAGAAUUUUGCGUGGCCAAUGAUUCGACAUACCUGCUCAUAAUGUCAUAGUAAUCCAAAACUCUCUUCCCGACCCCAACUGUCAUCGGCACAGACACUUCCAUCCUCAUGAUUGCCGCGGUCCUCGAAUGGCAAUAGCUACAUAGCAAUGAUACGGGUUUCCAAAAAGAUGUACUCUGAAAUGGUAUAUCGAAAGGCUUAGUGCACGGCUGGGAACUGUAGUCUCAGGUACUG